GCGGUGGCCGGGGUGAGGGCCCAGGACCGAGUAGCCGCGUGGAACCCAUCGUCAGCCUCGCCGGCGCCUAGGCUCUGGGGAGCAGCAGCAACCGAAGGUUCAUCUUUCUGAAUUGCAAGCUGAAGUUGGUGCUGCCUUAGGGAGGGAAGAUUGCUGUUAACUUAGACAUACUGGGCUAUUUACCUUGGUAAUGUUCUCCCUUUUUCUCACGAUGUUAAAUACAUUUUCUUAGCCUCUUAGAAUAUGAAUUCUUGAAAAUCAGAUUGGGAUCUUUUAAAAAUAAUUUGGGUUUUCCACUGUUUCUACAAUGCUUGCGUAGGAUGUGUUUUUAAUACUAAUUGGUAAAAAUCAGUUGUUGAAUAUUUUUGUGUCUCUUCUGAGUAUGGCCAGAGUAUUAGUGUGAAAGGCAAAGCCAUGACAAUUUUUUCUCAAUAUGGUUGAAUACUGUUUGCCUUCAAGGUUACAGCCAAAUUGGGGGUAAUAAAACUGAUGUGUAAAUGAAAUAACAUGUCAAUAGAUACACUAUAUUAUAUGCCUAAUAUUUUGAUAUUACAUUAAGUAUUCUUUGUAUCCUAAAGGUUCACUGAGUUUUUGUUUUUUAAAAGAAAACAGUCUUAAGACUAGCUCCGUGGAUUAAAAAAAAAAAUUUCUUUUUCCCCUUUUCUUUUUUAGGACAUUAGAAAUGGCUACUCCCCAGUCAGUUUUCAUCUUUGCAAUCUGCAUUUUAAUGAUAACAGAAUUAAUUCUGGCCUCAAAAAGUUACUAUGAUAUCUUAGGUGUGCCAAAAUCAGCAUCGGACCGCCAGAUCAAGAAGGCCUUUCACAAGUUGGCCGUGAAGUACCACCCUGACAAAAAUAAGAGCCCUGAUGCUGAAGCAAAAUUCAGAGAGAUUGCAGAAGCAUAUGAAACCCUCUCAGAUGCUAAUAGGCGAAAAGAGUAUGAUACACUUGGACACAGUGCUUUUACUAAUGGUAAAGGACAAAGAGACAGUGGAAGUCCUUUUGAGCAGUCAUUUAACUUCAAUUUUGAUGACUUAUUUAAAGACUUUGGUUUUUUUGGUCAAAACCAGAACACUCGGUCCAAGAAGCAUUUUGAAAAUCACUUCCAUACACGCCAGGAUGGUUCCAGUAGACAAAGACAUCAUUUCCAGGAGUUUUCUUUUGGAGGCGGACUGUUUGAUGACAUGUUUGAAGACAUGGAGAAAAUGUUUUCUUUUAGUGGCUUUGACAGUACCAGUCAGCAUACAGUACAGACUGAAAAAAGAUUCCACGGAUCUAGCAAGCACUGCAGGACUGUCACUCAACGAAGGGGAAAUAUGGUUACUACGUACACUGACUGUUCGGGACAGUAGUUUAUUCUUUUCCUGUUCUCACUAAACCCAACUAGUUGACUGUUCCUCAGUAUCUUUGAUGCAAAACAAUUUUCUGUGAACCAUUUUGACAAGUGCAUGAUUUCACCUUACUUUGAACAACUUAGUAUAGCUAUUAAAUAUAUUUAAAUUGUUUUUGACAAAUUCAGCAGCAUUCAGCUAGUUAGAGAAAUAGCUGAUUAUUAAUUUCCCUGAUUAGUAAAGGUUCUUUUAAAAGAAAAAGAUAUUCUAAAUCUGCCUGGUCUUUUUUUUAAUCUUUCUGCCCUUGGGCUCAUUAAUGUGGCCAGUUUUAUUACCAAGAAAAGAUUGAGUUUGCCUGAUACCUAUUUAAACGUUAAACUUUAAAACUUACUGUAGAUUUCAGUUGUGUGAACUUGAAUGAUUAUUGCAGUGAAACCUUUACUAAUUUAAAAUUGCAUGCUCUGUAGUAUCUGACUUGGGUUGCUAAAUGCACAUGACACUAUAAUGGAGUCAUUCAGCAAGGGACAGCAGUAUCUUAGUUAAUUGCCACUGAAAGAUUUAGAAAUCUGUUAACUUACCUGAGAAAUUUUUUAAAAUUUUUUUCUUAUUUAUCAAAAUUUAGGAAAGCUAAGGUAUGUUUUGAUAUUUACCACAGAACCAUGUCUUUCUACAGUGGAAGUGGAGUAAAGGAAAUGAUUGUAUUGCUUGUAGUCAUUUAGGUUGAAAGAAAGUUGAAAACGUAUGAAAUACUACCAAGAGAUUAUUAUGUGUUUGGCCCCUAGCUAAUGAUUUGUAGUGUUGAAAUCAUAGCUACUUUACACAUCUUUUCAUACGUCUUAGUUGUUGACACUCUAGAUUUUAAUAUGGAUUUGUGUUGUGUUUUGUGGUUCCUCUGCACUCAUCCUUAUUUAGAGAUUGACUAAUACCUCAUUCAGUUUGUAAAAACAGCCAGUAAUUUCUGUGCAACCUUAUUAUGUGCAAUAUUUUUAAAUCCUAAGAAAUGUGUGCUUUUGUUUUCAGAUAAACUUUAGUUCUGCACUUUUCCAUGUCAUACUCCACAUGAGUAUUAAUCCUAUGGAUACAUAUUAAAACUAGUAAAUGUCUAAUGCAACAUUGUGAGUGAAAGAAAUAAUAAUAUUUACAACUUCAUGUUCUCUUGUCAUUUUAUUGUUAAAAUUUUAUUAUGCAAUUUUGGAGGUAUAGAGGGUGUAUAAGCAAUUGGGCUGUAUAAACAUAUCAUCAUAGGCCGUAUUUCAGAAUUAUUUUUGACUGACCGGAAAAUCCUGAUGUGACCUUGUGUGCCAUUUGGUAGUUUUUCUUUGUUUGUUAUCAUUCUCCUCCCCUUACACAUUUUGUUCGUUUGAAGCUCAUGUUAAAUAUAAUUCUGAUGUAUUUGCUUGCUAGGAGCAGGUGUUUCUCCCACCAGUUCCUUCCUCUUUGGGCCUAGUUGGGAAAAAGCAGAGACUUUGCAUACAAGAAAACCCUAUGGAGCAAUUCUCUGUAACACAUGAGGUCGCCAUGAGUUGGAAUUGACUCAGUGGUAACUAACAAACAUAUUUGUUAAUCUUUAAUUCGAAAAGUGAAGAAAAAUAAUUUAUUAGAUUUAGGUAUCCUAAUUAUUUCCAGGAAAAUACACCUACUACUUUGUUUUACAGUAAGAAAAUAGCCAUGCUUUGAAUUUUAGACUGAAGAUUGUAGACUAGCAAAUAAAAAAGAGGCAAAAAGAAAAAAAAGUUACAUUUUAAAAAUCAAGAUUAACUUUAAGGGUAUAUUAUUUUUAUAUUGUUAGCAUCUGUCCCUUUUUCCGCAAGGCCUAUUUUUCUUGUUUUCCCCAUGCUGAACAUUUAUUUUGAUCCCCUCUUUUUUGACUUCCCUUUUAGCUCUUCAGCUUAUUUUUCACAAGGAAAGAUGGACCCUGAAUCAUACAAACUUGACAAACUAUCGAGAAAGUCACCGAAGUAACCUAUAGAAGUGUGUGUGUGUGUAUAAAAUAUAAGCAACUAGAAAUUAAACCAGUAAUCAACAUAAAAGUUCCUCAAUAACUUAAAAUUUAAUUUUUUCUUGUUCAUAGUUUGUGUAGAUGGAAUGUACAAAGAAUGAAAAUGACAAACUUCUAUACUUG